AUGCUCUCUACUAGGCUCGUCGCCCGUCUUGAGCGAAUCCGCCAAAAUCCGUUCACUGGCUUUCGAAAUUUCUCCAUCCGUGCACCAUGCAUGUUUACAAAUGUCGGAAUUCGCCCAAAGGCCUUAAACACACCUUUUAACUCAGUUGUGAUUUCCCGUGUCUUUUCAUACGUGAACGGUCGUAAAGCAAAUGGUUCUUUCCACACAUUUUCUUUUUUUAACAACAAAAGCCCUUCAUCAAAAAAAGCAAAAACCUCUACUCCAAACACGCUUCAUUCCGAUAUCGCAUGGCAGGCCAUGACAACUCAAAAGCCGUUUCGCAUUUACCAGGCUGAAAACGAUAAAACGUAUCGUUUUUUGUAUCUUCUCUUUCUGGCCACUACCCUAAAUGCCGCUUUCUUUGCUACCCUUACAGGAAUGGAUAUGUAUCGUUCUGGCGAAAUAGGUUUUCAAAACUGGUACACCUAUACUUAUUCCGAAAAAGUCAUGCGAAUCGGUUCUUGUUUGGUUAUCCCUUUACUAUAUUUGGCAACUGCUUUUUUACUCUUUCUACCACGAAGAACCAUUCAUUCUUUGUAUGCCUUGCCCGCACGCCAAAUUGAAAUGAAAACAGGUCUUCCUGGACCUAACAAUCGCCUUUACUUAGAAAAGUCUAUUAUACUUCCACGAAACGAGGUGUUCAUUCUCUCACAAUCCAUCGAUAAAAAUCCCAUGGUUAUGAAAGUAAGCGGCACGCGUUUCUAUUAUCUUUUGGACACGAAUGGAAACUUUGCGGGUGGAUCUAAAAAUAUUCUAUCUUGUUUAAUUCCGACACAAAAAUUGCAAAGUUAA